CUGCGAGUUUUAGGACGACGUUAGGUUGUCAUGUGGUAACCAACCAGAAGGUUACGAGUUAAAACACUGGAUUAUUUGAUCAUCUGACUGGCUUUGCGUAAAGGGAAGAGAUAUGGAUUGAGUCGGGUAACCCGGACUGAAGUCUUGUUUUGUUUUUGGAUGAAUUAUUCUGAUAUUUUUUUACAUUCGUCGGGAUCAGCGAGAUACCUCUCUUCGCGCAUAGGUCGUUCAACUCGCGAUGCUGGACAGAUAGCUGCAUCAUCAUGUUGCUUCCGAGUUAGCGAAAGAAAUCACAAGUUACACCAGGGAUAGUGAGUCGUCGUCAUAUAGCUACAGAGGCAACCCGGCAAUUGUAAGCAAUACAGGAGGAUGCGUUGGCUACAUCUGUUGAUUUGGCUUGCGGGCACUUCGGUGAUACAAUGUCGCGCACUGUGAAUUGAACUACAGCGAUAAGUAACUGGUUACAUUGUAUCACUUGGGUUUAUGCCUGGGAUUGGCGCGAUAUUCCUCCUUGAUACAUUGGGUGGGCGCGAUCGUAAUUAGUCAACAUUUUCAUUAUGGGCACCAAGUGGCUGAAUGUGGGAUAAAGAAGUCAAAGUGCAUUUUUUAACAAACUUUGCGACAGAUACACAAUCUGUCUAGACUUAUCCUUAUACAUGCUUAUAAUCUAUAAAAUAGUAUAUUCUUACAGUUUAUUCACUUUUUUAUUGAAAUCACCAUAGUAGAAAUGACAUGUUCGACUUGUCAAGGGAGUGUAAAUAUUUAGAAAUCCACUCCAACACUGGACGCGACUGCUCUGUUUGGAUUUUGAUCUUGACCCUUGAAUGUAUGGAUAAUAGCCAAAAAGAUGCUGACUUGUAACUAUGCUACGGACAUUUCUACCUUUCUCGCAAAUGGCCUAUAUAGUCUCGCGCUGCUAAAUGUUAUUGGAUCCGUCUUGACUUUAGUGACUAAUUGUAGAUAAGCACAGUCUACAGUAGUAUAUUCUGUCUUAAUUUAACCACACAAUGGAAAACAAAAGAAAUCGCCUAACCAAAUAGGUUACCAAUUGGGUAAGUUCAAAGUUACACAGGUCUAUUUCAUCUUGUAUUCCUGACCCGUGGCUGAUAAUUGGUCCCUGUCCACACCAACUGUCAUCUCAUCCACGUGGAGUUCAUCUUGGGACACUUGACAACUUUGGGUCGAGGGAACUUCGAGCCUUGACGCACGGACGGCGCCCUCCGCUGUAAUCCCCAGACCAGUGCAAGGGAACCAAGCCUAACUUUUGUUUUUACUUUCGGCGUGGAGCAAAAGUAGGCUACAGCGAUAACAACGCCCGAUUAAAAUGGCCGGCGACUGUACCUAUACGAUGCACUACACUGAUGAUGACACAUUUCCUCCAUCCAAACAUUUACGGGAUGUGCGUGUUCUUCAAGGGGAGGCCGCCGCCGCCCGUCCUAAAGGGCGUGAGUCCGUGGGUUGCUCGUCAAACUUUGAGAUUAUUGACGGGCUACAGUACCGUAAGAAGUUGGAGAGAGGCUUCAUCCACUACCGAGAGGUGCUGGACGAGGAUCGACGGCUCGGGGCAAUAGCCACUUUCCACCGGAGGCGACAUGGUACACGACACCACUCCCUGGAUGACACUUACCGAUCAGUGGCGGAUAACUACUGGUGGGAGGGAAUGUACUUCCAGAUCCGAGACUUUGUCCUGGGGUGUCCGGAGUGUCUGGAGCAGAGGAACAAGAGACCAGAGAAGCGCGAAGACGAAAGGCGCCUCUCCAAGACGAUGAUGACACACGGCCGUGACGUGCUCAAUAAGCUGAGAAGCCAGCGGGAGGCAGGGCUGUUCUGUGACGUCACUCUGAGGACCGACGGAUGCUCUUACUCCGCCCACAAAGCGGUGCUGGCAGCGGUGAGCGAGUACUUCCACGAGGUAUUCACCGAGAUGGACUCUAACCCUGGCACCAAAUCUGACAUUGACCUCACAGGUUACAGUGAGUCUAGCCUAGUGUCCCUGCUGGACUUCUCCUACUCCUCCAUUCUGUGCGUUUCUGAGGAGGAACUUCAGGAGGUUAGCACCAUGGCCCGUCACCUGGGCAUGUGGCCUGCUGUGGACGCUUGCUUAGCCCUCCAGAGGGAUCAGGGAAACCAUACCCACUGCCCCACCACGGAGCACCGUGUGCUGGGUUUCGCCCCACAGAGCCCUGGGUCUCCCCGGGACCUCCACCACCACCACCACCGCCAACAGAUGGACAGGAAAACUGGCGUGAAGGAGUCGGAAGAUUGCGCUCGACCGAUUCGAGAUCAGUGUCGUGAGUCGAGGGAGGACAUCCUGAACAGACGUUCCCCUCGUCGCCCCCCCGGACCCAGCUUUCACCCCCCGGGGCAGAACAGCCUCACCGCCAGCCCCACGUGCAGGAUGAAACUCAUGGACUUUAAAUCCCCCUCCUUAAAAAAAAGAACGCCCCCCCGGAAAAUCACCCCCACCACCCCCCGUUCCAGAAACACCUCACCCUCCACGCACACCCGUCUCCUCCGCUCCACACCCGGGGCUGCCCAGAAAGUCCAAAGACUGCUGCCCAGGACAGGGAGCCCUCCUCGAGGCCAAAAGUUGCGUCCUGCCCUUCGUCCUGCGUCCACCUCCUGCUCCCCCAGACAGAGGGCUGGAUCUGAGGCCACCACAGUGGUAGUGAAGGAGGAGGAAGAGGAGGGUGAGGAGGAUGAGAAAGAUCAUUUUAGAGCACUGGAGAAGUAUAGGCUAAUGAGUGUCCUCGGGUUACAGAGGACGUCCCUCCUUCCCAGACCAGAGGAUCUGAUUGGAUGGAGGCAGAAGAAACGCCUCCGGAAGCUUAAGGUCAAUAACUAUUCGCUGACCAAGAGGAGGAAACCCAGACUUCAGAUCCCAGGGGGCCUGGCAUUUGGAGGGAUACCCCUGUCCCUCCCCCUUUGUACCCCUGCCAAUGCGCAAUUCUUGAAGAGGGUCAUAAAGACUGAGCCCGAGGAUCCAGUCAGCAUGCAGGAAAUGACACUGAAAAGACGCAGGCAGCCCCGGCGGUUUCCGCCCAGUGACAGGAGCAUGCGCAGUAAAGUGACGUUACCUGACCUACAGGAGCCUGAGUCCAGGAAGCCCUAUGGAGGGAGGGAUCUCAGACGGUCUGUCAGGGUGGACGAGUUCAGCCGCAGCCGUCCGGGUCUCCCACCCUUCUCUGGAAAUUCUAGAGUUCCAAAUCCCAAGAGGAACGUCUCCACUGUCCAGAUCAAACCGCAACCUGUCGACUACGCCAUCUCACCCUCGCCCCUCCCAACACAGGGCGCACACUCAAACACAUGCACCCACCCUACCAGGGCCCACCCCAGAGACAGGGUUACCAUAGAGCCUGUCAGGGUGCUCCGCUAUAACAGUGGGCGUCAGUUUGCCAAGGCCAAGCUCGGGCGGAUUGGCCGGAAAGAGGCUGGGAGGGCCCAGCGUAAGUCCAGAGAGGAGAUCGGGAGGAAAGGGAGCUCUGAGGGAGCGAGGAGUGUCACAGAGGGAGAGCCUGGAGCUCUAAGCAGCAGGAACACCAUCCCUGAUCCCGUCUCUCCUCUCCACAGCCCUGCUCUGUACAGGGUUAUCAAGGAGGAGCCAACAGACCCCCUACCCGUAGCAGAGCCUUUCCCGGAGCCACCAUCCCCAGAGCUGGGCAAGAGGCAGAGCAAGCCCCCUGUCAAGCUCCUAGACCCAGGCUUCCUCUUCAGCUUCUGCCGGCCCGCCGGAGGGCCCAUGGUUGGGGUUAAGAGGGAGGAGGAGAGCGUGGAUAUCUGCCUAACGCGGUCCGUCUCUAGGGGAGAGAGGUUUGGUCCUGGUGGGACCCCAGCGAGGGUCCUGAGGGCCAGGGGAGGCCCCACACCUCUGCCCCGGGUGAAGAGUGAGAGGGAGCAGAGAAGUGUGAGCCACAGUCAAUCUCCGAGGCAGGGGCCUCCGAGGCUCGUCAACUCUCCUCAACGCAACACCGCCCACUCCGUUAGAGCCACUGGGUCAAAGGCUGCAGGCACGGCCCGUGACAUACCAAAGAAGCAAGUGAAGACCCUGCUCCUGGCUAGCCGAGGUCCCACCCAGUUGGACUCAAUCCGGCGGGCGCGCCUCAAGCAGCUGCGUGGUCCUCGCAGUCAGGCCCCCAAAGCCAAGUCGUCCCACGUCUGCCUGCAGUGCCGGGCCUCCUACAAGGACUGUUACGCCCUCAUUACACACCGGAUCAGGCACAUUGAGGGCAAACACUGGCCCUGUCCUCUGUGCAGUAAGACCUUCUUCAGGAUGAGGAAUGUGAAAAACCACAUCCGGACACACGACCAGAAACUGUAUAAGUGUCGUAGCUGUAUGACUGCAUCCUGAGACCUGACUGGAGAAUUUGUUUUAGGGUUGAAGCUGUCUACAUUGACUGAUGUGACAAGAGGCGAGGUGGAGAAACAUUGUUGAACAGCUUGUACAUACAAAGGCAUCUGUCACAUCCAAGCACACGGCUCCCGGGAAAGAUGUAAUUACUAUGAUGACGACGAUGAUGACGGUGAUGAUGAUGAUGAUUAUAAUCCUCCUUGAUUGUUAAUUUUAUUUAAAUAACCAAACUUAAGUUCAUGUUUGCAUUUUUGGUAGCUACAGGGGUUUAAACUUGAACGUUACACUCAGGGGGUGGGACAAUUGUGACAUAACUGUAUUUAAAUGGUGGACGUCGUCACAGUUUGUGUAAAUGAGAAUUGUGUAGAUUGGAAAUGAUGGAAAAUGAUGAUAAUUAUUCAUACUAUUGUUAUUGCUAUUGUUAUUUUUCUAUGUAUAGACUGAAUCUUUGAGUGCACUUAUACCAUAGCUUUGUUGUAAACCUAAGAGAAGUUGUUAUAACAGAGGAGUAGCCAGAGAUGGGAAGAGUAGCCAGAGGAGGAAGGAGUCCCAGAUUUAAUACUUGAAAGUUCACAGGGGUUGAGUUGGAGAUGAGUUGGAGACUUGGCAGAGUGUUUAAAGUUUGUAGGCAACCGGGGACGGGCGGGGGUUCCCUUUCCUGCUACUCUCUCCUUUGGUGUUCAGAGAUGGUAUGAGUUGGGUAUUGUACCUCGACCAGACUAGAGUCAGGGUUUGGAAAAGGGGUUCAGUGGCACCAAGGGACCCCUAAACCCUACACCUGUGUGAAUGUAGAUAUUGGACAAAAUCUCAUUGACAAUAACGAUAAGUAAUUAUGAAACCUCCCUGUAGCAUUUUAAAGGGCAAGGCAGAUUACUAGAUUACUAUGUUGCUUUAACGCACCUGUCAAAUCCUCUGUUCUUUAGUGGUGUGUGGGGUUUAGGGGUCGGACCUAUAAGUUGGCUAGUUGGGAGGGGUUUAUGACAUUGCUGCAUGUUUGACUGCAGGUCUGUUUUAUCUUGUUGUCUUUUCAAAUUCUGCCUAUCUAUUUAUCUAUAAAAGGGAAAACUGUCAGGUCCUAAUGUGAAUCUCUUAAAUGUGUAAUUAACCUUACUGUCUCAACAUGGAUGUUGGGUACAUCCAAUAACAACCACUUAAUGACUGCACGUCUCUCGAUUUUAACAAAACCUCCCAAACAUGUUUGGUGAUUGUUCUGUACUCAGAGAGACAUUUUGGACCUGAAUGUCAACACAUGAAAGGGAGAAAGUUGCUCAAAAUUGACCUCACUAUACCAUUAGACAUUCAUAUCUUCGUUAUUGGAAAAUAAUAGAUAUAUUUUAAUAGAUUAAAACAUGGUAUGACUGUCUGUCAAUUGUAACCAAUUGAACAUCAUUCCGGUGCAGUUGGUAUAAGAAACGGAAUUUCCGUGUACGUUUUGUGUUGUGCCCACAACUGGUCUAGACCAGAGGUGUCCAAACUAUUUCUCGGAGGGCCGUGUGUCUGCAGGUUUUCGAUCUCUCCUUGUACUUGAUUGACUAAUUAG